AUGGCGUUCAGUUUGUCUAAGGUCCUAUGUCUUAUACAUCUUUUGUUUUAUUUCUUAGAAUGACAUUCCUGCAUUGCUCGAGCAGAUAAAAACUUUAGAGAGUUUGUCACAGCCAGACGUCCCAUCUCAUUUAUUACGCUUGUCUCAAUAUGGUUUACGUAGUGCGUCUGAUUUUGACAAAUAUCACACCCUCAAUUUAGCCGAAGCAGCAGCAGCAAGAGAAGCUCACCGCGUUCAUGACUCGAAGGCAUCGUUUUUGGAUGCAGCCAUUCAGACAUUGCGGUCUCAUGUUUCCAUCUCCCUCGACAAGUUUCAAGCCUAUUUCACUGCUCUAUUUUGUGACAAAGAUUAUACCAAGAUUCUCGAGUGUAUUGCUCAUGUUGAUAAAGUGUUCCAGACUAAGGCACCAGCUUCUUGUUCCUCUGUUGAACGGUCCGAUUCCCCUCAUCCAGCCCGCCAUGGUCGUGUUGUGUGUCUUCAUUGUGGAAUUCCUGGACAUAUAGCCCCAAACUGCUUCAGACGUCACCAUGAGUCUGGUUGGCAGAGCAAUGCUCCCCUCAGUUGGUGCUUUGCACCGUAUUCGAGAUUGUUAGGACAAUCCCAACAGGACCAAUCAUCAAACAAUUCGCCACAGCGUUAGCAUGUUUCUAUGACAAACGUUUGAUCAUGUUCUUGUGCACAUUCUGACACUGUUAUACAUUUGCAUAACUCGUUAAUAAAAUUUGUUCUCUGCAUUUGUGUUGUUGUUUGUUUUUUGUUUUCCCCCCUCUCUUCUGGAAGGUUUUCUUGUCUUUACUUGGGUGCCUUUUCUUUUUGACUGUUUUGAACAGGAAUCCAAUUCCUGCUUGGAUUACCGGCACUCAAAACUGUCAUCCCCUGGGUUCUACUUUCAUAUUCUCUCUCUUACGUUCAUCUUUGUUCUUCUAGCCUACGGCCAAAAAAGUACGUCUCGAAUCUGUAUUUCCCUUGUGGGAACCUGAACAUGAUUUUUCUCCACAUGAUGGAAUGCCUCCACCUCCGUGUUGGGUUUGUUUUGACGGAUCGGACCCCAAUAAAUCCAAGGGGAUGACAGUGAAGAAUGUCCAUAUAUCCGAGCAGUUCCGUCAAGAUGUUCUUCAUGGCGAAAAACUUCCUGAUGUUAUUCUUCUCCUUUUUCGCGACCCAAAGCGUUUUACAGCGGGUAAUCUCCAUAGCAAGAUCGAUCAGUGGCAAUUCAUCUCAGCUCACUCCCCUUACCAAGAAACACCCAUCGUCCUUGACUGGAUAUAG